AGGAUUUGUUUUUUUGUAACACACUUGCCAUGGCUGUCAAAGCACAGGUGCCCUAGUUUAUGUAGAGUUGUAUCUUUUCUUUUUAGCUGUAGUGUUGCGUUUUAGCAGCCAUUUGUUUAUGGAUAAUCGGUUUCCAUAUUGAUAAAAGCUUGGUCUUCUUCCUUGGUCACUCGCAGAUGUGAUGCGAUGUCAGAUAAGCGUCAGCGUGCCAGAGUCCAGGGCUCCUGGGCAAAGCAACUGCCAAAACCCUCUAUACCAACAGGUGCAGUCUCAAACAACCAACAACCCAGAAAUGUCAACCCAGCCCCUAGUUCUUGGGGAUGUGGGCCACAGAAAACACCUAAGACAUUUGAGUUUCACCAGCCCACCAAGCCAGUUAGAGAUGUUCCACCAGAGAAUGUGAUGGAGCAGGCAGGUGAUCAUGAGAUCAGCAAUGGACCAUCAGGAGUGUCCAGACUGCGGCUGCUGCCUGGGUUUCUUCCCCCAGAAGAGGCUGACUGGAUGUUCAGUAAGCUGUUAGCAGAGCUGCCCUGGUCCCAGAAGACCAACUACAGACAGGGUGAGGCAUACGAGGAGCCCAGGCUGACUUGCUGGUAUGGAGAGUUGCCCUAUACAUAUGCUCGCUCCACCAUGGCUGCUAACACACAGUGGCAUCCAUUGCUGUUAACCCUUCGCGAGGCAGUGGAGCAGGUGAGCGGAUGCAGCUUCAACUCACUGCUGUGUAACCUGUAUCGGGACGGCCAUGACAGCAUCGGCUGGCACAGUGACAAUGAGGCCGCUUUGGGUACCAAGCCCACCAUCGCCUCUGUCAGUCUCGGCGACACCAGAGUGUUCAGCCUCCGCAAGCAGCCUCCACCGGAGGAAAAUGGGGACUACACUUAUGUGGAGCGGAUUCGGGUUCCUCUGAGUCACGGGACACUUUUGGUGAUGGAUGGAGCCACACAAGACGACUGGCAGCAUCAAGUGGCUAAAGAGUACCAUGACCGAGGCCCGCGCAUCAACUUGACCUUCAGAACUAUGUACCUAGAGCCAGAGGGCCACAGGCCGGGGACCAAGCUGCGAUUCACACCCAGCCAACCGUAAACUUCCCUCAGAUUCAGGUACUGAGGGCUCAGGAAACAAGUGUUUUCAAAUACUGAUCCACACAAUGCUGGAUGUGAUGGUUGGAGUGUGAACAAGGCUUAAGCUACGAGAUUUUGCCAUGUGUGUGUGAACGUCACUGAGUCAUUUCAACUGUUUGAAACAAGUCUUGUAAACACAUCACUCAGUUACAGGCCACAGUAUGAAUAACAGGGAGAUUUGCUGCUCUGUCUGAAUUGAACCAUAAUAAGACUGCAGUCGUGACCAGUGGUGAUUAUCUGAUAUCCGUGUUUUCAGAGAAGCUAAACAAAAGAAUGGAUGAUAAUGAAGGUUUACUGGCUGGAUAAAACCUCAGCCCUGCAUAUUACUUUGACUUUAUUUAUUUGUUCAGCACAGAGGGCUGUUUCUGUUCAUUUCAGCCAAUAAUUCUUUGGUUUACAUGGCAAACUCACAUUUUGACCCAAAUGACAUGUCAUGAAAAGUGUCUUUAUGAAAGACAAGGUCCCGUUGACUGUACAGCAUGUCACUGUCGAUGUGACUUUUGAUGAAAUGCCUAAAAUGUAAAUUAUUUCCUGCCUUGUUUAUUUUGGGGAGCUUUUUUGGAGAGAACAUAGUUGCUAUAAAAAGGAAAGGAACAAGUAAAGCCACUUAGGCCAAUUACAGCUCCAUCAGGACUGGAAUAAGUUAAUGUCCCUGUUGAACAAGAUUCGUCUAAUCAGUCCCUCUGGUAGUUCAGUUUUUUUUUUAAAAAACCUCUAAUAUAUCAUGAACCAGAAUCGUUAAAGUUAAUCUAAGUUGAGCUUGCACAAGCAUUUUGAUAAAGUGUAAGGUUUUUGUUAACAAAACAAGUAACAUAGCUGCAUUUUCAACUGAAACACAACAUAUACUGUGGAUAAAAUGUGUACUUGAUAACAGGAAAACAGGACAGCGCUGCCCAGGUAACCGGUAACCAAGUCAAAUUACUUGCAUACCCAUUUUAUUAUUUCAUUUGCAGUUAUUUUUUUUUGAUUGAAUGAUUUGUUAUUGUUUACACAAAACAUUGUUGUUGAUCAAAAGACAUCACACAAUGCAAACUAAAUCAAGAAGGCCAUGCAUAUGCUACAAAAAACCUAGAGACAUAAAACAAAAACUAAUUCUAAUGGCUAUGGUUGCUAUAGCAACAUGUUAACAAUGGCAUAUAGUGGUAAAGAUACAGAAGAAUCCCACAGCCAUAAAAAGGACCUUUAACAGCCUGAAAAAAACGACUUUGGGUUCUUUGGGUCCAACAUAACAUUGACAUCUAAAAUGAAAUUGAGGAAAAUAUAUGUCUUAAGGGGGAUACACACUACUUUAAACGCCCACAUGAUGGGAUAUUCUGUUUAUUUUGUAACACUAAAGAGAUGCAAGAGGUGUUCUUCAUUGCUGUGGUUCUGAAAUAAACAAUUACUUCUCUGAA